CAGUGGUAGAGAGGUUUUGGCACUAAAAAUCCAUUUUCUCCAAACGUUUCUAAUACCCGGAUUAACGUCUUAAUGUCUACUUUUAAGUAUACUCCACAGUGGUGGUACUUCUACUAUACUACCAGAGGAUAAGAUUUUAUAUGUCCUGUCCUUCAGUCUAGCUGGGUAAAGGGCUUAUCUUUCUUUCUUCAAAUCCAACCCAAUCUAAUUCUAUGGCAUCAACAAUGGCAGUUACUAGUGCUACUCAGAGGCCUCCUUGUUUCGAUGGAGAAUGGUCUGGCUUGUCAAGUAGGAAUCUUAAAAACCAGAUUAGAAUACCGACCUCAAUUUUACAGUGUCCAUCUACCAGUAAAUCUAGAUGUAGCAGGGUAAUUGCGAUGGCUGUUUCUGUUGAAAAGAAAUAUACCACUCAAAAGUCUGAGGAGAUCUUCACUGCCGCCAAGGAUUUGAUGCCAGGUGGUGUAAACUCCCCAGUGAGGGCUUUUAAAUCAGUUGGUGGGCAACCAAUUGUUUUUGAUUCUGUGAAAGGUUCACAUGCAUGGGAUAUUGAUGGAAAUGAAUAUAUUGAUUAUGUUGGCACUUGGGGUCCAGCGAUCAUUGGUCAUGCAGAUGAAAAGGUAAAUGCUGCUCUGAUUGAAACCCUAAAGAAGGGAACCAGCUUUGGUGCCCCAUGCAUUUUAGAAAAUAUUCUAGCAGAGAUGGUUAUAAAGGCAGUUCCUAGCAUAGAGAUGGUCAGAUUUGUCAAUUCAGGAACAGAAGCAUGCAUGGGCAUGUUACGCUUGGCACGGGCAUUUACUCGAAAAGAGCUGAUAGUUAAGUUUGAUGGUUGUUACCAUGGUCAUGCAGACCCUUUCUUGGUAAAAGCAGGCAGCGGUGUUGCAACUCUUGGGCUACCUGAUUCCCCUGGUGUCCCAAAAGCUGCUACAUAUGAGACUCUUACUGCACCCUUCAAUGACAUACAGGCUGUGGAGAAACUGUUCAACGAUCACAAAGGACAAAUUGCUGCUGUGAUUCUUGAGCCUGUGGUAGGCAAUUCAGGGUUCAUUGCUCCUAAAAAGGGGUUUUUGGAGGGGCUGAGGGAGCUUACAAACGCAGAAGGAGCACUUCUGGUCUUUGAUGAGGUUAUGACAGGCUUCAGGAUAUCAUAUGGAGGUGCCCAAGAGUAUUUUGGUGUCACUCCAGAUCUUACAACACUUGGGAAGAUCAUUGGAGGAGGCCUUCCGGUUGGGGCAUAUGGAGGCAGAAGGGAAAUAAUGGAGAUGGUAGCCCCUGCAGGCCCAAUGUACCAGGCUGGAACAUUAAGUGGAAACCCACUUGCAAUGACUGCAGGGAUACACACUCUUCAAAGGUUGCAACAACCUGGUUGUUAUGAGUACUUGGAUAAAAUAACUGGUCGUUUAGUACGAGGUCUGGUUGAAGCUGGGAGGAAUGCAGGUCACAAAGUCUGUGGUGGACACAUUAGUGGAAUGUUUGGCAUUUUCUUUACAGAGGGGCCUGUGUACAAUUUUGAAGAUGCUAAAAAGAGCGACACUGCCAAAUUUGCAAGGUAUUUUAGAGGCAUGUUGGAACAAGGCGUAUACCUUGCUCCCUCACAGUUUGAAGCUGGUUUUACCAGUUUAACCCACAGUGAACAGGAUAUAGAUUUCACCAUAGCUGCUGCAAGAAAGGUUUUUGAAAGUAUAUGAAAUCCUUUUUAAGUAUCGGUUGAAAUUGUUUUUGUUUAGUCUCCUUUGUCCCUAUUUUACUGUGUUGAAGGAGCUACUAUCGGUCAGAAUGCUCAAGACACAAUCAUUGUAUUUUUUUUAAUCAUUGGAAACAAUCAUUGUAUGUGAUAGGCAGGAGAUUUUUUAAACGUUCUCAUCAUGGAAGGUUGAGAUUCCUAAUAAUGUAAACGGUUGAUAAUAACUCGGAAAUCUAUUUUAUUGUGGCUUGAAUAA